GCCAUAUUUACUCAGUUCAUGCUUCAAACAUAAUAUUCUACCGCUUUUCUAGUUAGUUACAAAUUAGUAGUCCUUGAUUAUUUGAAAUUGAUUCUAAAUGUGUCCAGGCCAUGAUCAGGACACGUCAUGCAGUAUAACCAUGGUAAAUGACAUGAUAUAUCCUUAUUUGGAAAUAUUGCGACUAAGACCACAUGCCUUUGGCUUACAAUUUGAUUACAGGUAUUACAAAGUUGAGAAACCACAUACACUACAUAAGAAAAUCACACGAAAGUAUCAUCUUGAAUAUUCAUGGUUUCAAAGAAAAGGGAAGGUUCAUCCUUCAUUUCCUGGUUUGGAAAAAUCUCUUUGGAACAUGAGAAUCUGUAUUGUCUUUCCUGGGAACAAUUGCAUAUUCAAUCAAAUGAAAUCAUAUUCAAAAUGCUGUUCAAAACCCUCAAACCCCAUAAAAUGAAUAACAAAACAUAACGUUUAUAUGUAUGUGUAAAGGAAUCUAGACUUGUUUACAGCCCACCUGUUACCUGAGUUGACCUACUUUUUCAGUUUU